AUGAGUUUUGUGUUUCGAGGCAAUAGAGCAGACCUAGAGUCUGGUUUUCCUGGAUUUAUUCCUGAACGGCGUACAGUGCGUGUUCAUGCCCGGCCAGUUAAUUCGAACUCUCUUGCUUUUCUUGUUACAGUUCUCUUGUUGUUCAUGAUCCUAAACUCACAUCAGAUGUCACCAAACUUUCUGCUUUGGUUGGUACUUGCUGUCUUUCUGAUGGCCACAACCCUGCGGAUGUAUGCAACUUGUCAGCAGCUACAGGCUCAAGCUCAAGCUCAUGCUGUCGCAGCGAGUGGCCUUCUAGGCCAUACUGAGCUACGAUUGCACAUGCCACCAUCCAUUGCCCUUGCAACCAGGGGUCGAUUACAGGGACUUAGGCUCCAGCUUGCUCUUCUUGACCGGGAAUUCGACGACUUAGACUAUGAAACCCUGAGAGCCUUAGAUGCUGACAAUGUUCCAACUGGCCCCUCAAUGACUGAUGAGGAAAUAAAUGCUCUACCUGUUCACAAAUAUAAGGUUUCUGGUCCUGAAAGUACUUCCAGUCCAUCAGUUCAGCCGGCUACUUCAUCCUCAGCUGAGAAGAAGCAAGAUCCUUCUAAUGCAAAUGGGGGUGUGAAGGCGUCUGAUGACGAACUGACCUGUAGUGUUUGCUUGGAGCAAGUUAAUGCCGGUGAACUUGUUCGUAGUUUACCAUGCUUGCAUCAGUUCCAUGUCAACUGCAUUGAUCCCUGGCUGCGGCAACAAGGGACGUGCCCUGUUUGUAAAUUUCGAGCUGGUUCCGGGUGGCACCAGAAUGGAGAAGAGGAAGAAAUGGAUGAUGCUUCAUUUAUGGUUUAG